AUGGCAACCGGACAUCUCUCAGAAGAGGAUCUGAAAGCCCUUUACAUCGGCAAAGACAUCGCAAAUCUGCCCAGGCCAUGUGCCGUCCUUGAUGCGGCGAUCCUCCGACGCAACUGCGACAAGAUGCGUCGUGCGAUGAAGGCAUUAAAUGUCGGGUUCCGAGCACAUGUCAAGACACACAAGACAUGGCAAGUCACCCAAUUGCAGAUGGGAGAGGAAAAUACCGACGUCAAUUUGGUCGCAUCAACGGUGAACGAGAUCGAGCAUCUGGUUGUCCUGUUGAAGGAUUUCAAGGCCAAAGGCCGUCGAAUCAAUGUCCUUUAUGGCAUCCCACUUGUGCCGUCGCAGGUUCCGCGGUUGGCGCAACUGGCUUGUGAAUUGGGUGAAGGUAGCAUUUCCGUGAUGAUCGACCACCCAGACCAAUUGUCUUAUCUGGAGAGGUUUUCUGCAAUCACUCACUUUCCAGCGUGUGUCUUCCUCAAGGUGGAUACGGGGUAUCAUCGCGCGGGACUGCCACCGAUUGCAUUAAACAAGAACGGCUUACUGGAGAAGCUUGCAGAUGCAGAGAAAUUGGGAUUCGCUCGGCUCUUGGGAGUGUAUUCGCACAGUAGCUUGAGUUAUUCAGGAACCACACCACAACAGGCGAUGGCCCACUUGACGUCGGAAAUCAUCGGGUGCAGGGACGCCGUGCAGCAUCAUCAGCAUCUGUUGCCGCAUAGGAAGCUGGUUCUUAGUGUCGGAGCAACCCCUCAGGCAGCUGCCAUGCAGAAUCUAGUACAAGAGAGGAAACCAACCCCAGAGACAAAGGCCUUGAAGGACUUGUUGCGCUGUCCACUUCCCAGCACAGACCUGGAGAUUGAGCUCCACGCCGGCAAUUAUGCGGUGCUGGAUAUGCAGCAGCUGGAGACCAACGCGGACGCCAGAGGUAAUCCCGAGGAGGAAAUUGCCAUCUCCGUCAUUGCAGAGGUGUGCAGCUUGUACAAUGACGGCGAGCGAUCCCGACCUGAAGCGCUCCUUGCGGCGGGGACAUUGGCUCUAGGUCGAGAACCUUGUCACAGUUACUCAGGAUGGGGGGUGGUCGGAAAUUGGCGAAGGGCAACUGCUACGCCUCGUCUGAUUGUCGGACGCAUCAGUCAAGAGCACUCGAUCGUCUCGUGGGAGAUGGAGAGCGAUGAGAUCCCAAAGAUCCCGCUUGAGAUAUCCCAAGCGGUUCGCAUCUAUCCCAACCAUGCCUGUAUCACCGGCGCAAUGUAUGGAUGGUACUGGAUUGUAGACUCGAGUUUGGAUGACGGUUCGAAAAUUGUAGAUGUUUGGAUGAGAGCAUCGGGAUAUCGCACCUGA